AUGGCAUUACUUCACAAUGUUAUGUCACAUGUCACAUGUUUGAAUGGCAUUACUUUACAAUGUUACGUCACAUGUUUGAAUAGCAUUACUUUACAAUAUUUCGACAAAUGUUUGAAUGGCAUUACUUUACAAUGUUACGUCACAUGUUUGAAUGGCAUUAUUUUCAUUACUUUACAAUAUUACGUCACAUGUUUGAAUAGCAUUACUUUACAAUGUUACGUCACAUGUUUGAAUGGCAUUACUUUACAAUAUUACGUCACAUGUUUGAAUUGCAUUACUUUACAAUGUUACGUCACAUGUUUGAAUGGCAUUAUUUUUUUGAAUGGCUUUACUUUACAAUGUGACGUCCCAUGUUUGAAUGGCAUUACUUUACAAUGUUACGUCACAUGUUUGAAUGGCAUUACUUUACAAUGUUACGUCACAUGUUUGAAUGGCAUUACUUUACAAUGUUACGUCACAUGUUUGAAUGACAUUACUUUACAAUGUUACGUUACAUGUUUGGAUGGCAUUACUAAACAAUGUUACGUCACAUGUUUGAAUAGCAUUACUUUACAAUAUUUCGACAAAUGUUUGAAUGGCAUUACUUUACAAUGUUACGUCACAUGUUUGAAUGGCAUUAUUUUGCAAUGUUUCGUCACAUGA